GUAGUGACUCUUUCUGAUGGACCCUUUAGGCUCAAGCACGAGAGACCAACUGUGCGAGUUUGGUGCGCCCCAGCCCAAUAAGCUCUCCAGAGAGGCUGGCGGUGUUUUCUGUCUCUUCUAUGCUGUUGAAGGCGGUCCUGAUCCUCGUUGCUGGCAGGCACAGUUGCCACACCGGCUGCUUGGGUGCACGGCCUCCCCCAGGGAGCUCUUCCCUGACUCACAGAGUGGCCCUCCCAUUCUGCGUGGGAAAGGCAGCUCCAGGUCAGGGGACUGUUGCGUCUGUGUGGUGGCAAAUGGAAUAAAAUCGCCAGGAAGACCACAUCCUGCUCUGACCCCGAUGACAUCUCAGUUAUAUUUUGGGCUGAGAGACGUCCCUCCUGGCUGCUCGGCGAGAGAACAGGUUUUUGGCACCUCCUCAUAGACUCAGAUGAGACCAUGACGGCCUUCGCGAGGGACAGGUGCUGAUACCUUGCCCCAGCCCCUGUCACUGUUUAGCCUGGCCAUUUCCAAUCUCAGUAUCUAAAUGCCACAGUGCUCUUGGGGCACGUUGGGCUGGGAACCACUGUUGCCUUGGAAGACCAUAAAACCAUGGGAAACGCAGAAAGUCAAAAUGUAGAGCAUGAGUUUUAUGGAGAAAAGCAUGCCAGCCUGGGCCGCAAGCACACGUCGCGCUCCCUGCGCCUGUCGCACAAGGCGCGGCGGACGAGGCACGCGUCCUCGGGGAAGGUGAUCCACAGGAACUCCGAAGUGAGCACGCGGUCCAGCAGCACGCCCAGCAUCCCCCAGUCUCUGGCCGAAAAUGGCCUGGAGCCCUUCUCCCAAGAAGGCGCCCUGGAGGACUUCGGCAGCCCCAUCUGGGUGGACCGAGUGGAUAUGGGCCUGAGACCCGUGUCGUACACCGACUCUUCCGUCGCUCCCAGCGUAGACAGCAGCAUCGUCCUCACAGCCGCCUCUGUGCAGAGCAUGCCAGACUCGGAGGAGAGCAGGCUUUACGGGGAUGACGCUGCGUACUUGGCUGACGGGGGCAGGAGGCAGCGUCCCUAUACAUCCAAUGGGCCCGCUUUCAUGGAGACGGCGAGCUUUAAGAAGAAGCGCUCCAAAUCUGCAGACAUCUGGCGGGAGGACAGCCUGGAAUUCUCACUCUCCGAUCUGAGCCAAGAACAUUUAACAAGCAACGAAGAAAUCUUGGUUUCCACUGAAGAGAAAGACUGUGAGGAGGCUCGGGGGAUGGAACCCCGGGCGAGUCCGCGGCGGCUCAGCGCCUGUCAGCGUGCCAAUUCCCUGGGUGACUUGUACGCUCAGAAAAACUCCGGGGUGACGGCAAACGGGGGGCCAAGGAGCAAAUUUGCAGGCUACUGUCGGAAUCUGGUGUCUGAUAUCCCCGAGCUUGCAAACCAUAAGAUGCCACCGGCUGCUGCUGAAGAGUCUGUACCGUACAGUAAUUACAACACACUCCCCUGUAGGAAAUCUCACUGUCUUUCCGAAGGUGCCACCAACCCACAAAUUAGCCAUAGCAACAGCAUGCAAGGCAGAAGAGCAAAAACAACUCAGGAUGUUAAUGCCGGCGAGGGCAGUGAGUUUGCGGACAGCGGGAUCGAAGGGGCCACCACCGACACGGACCUCCUGUCCAGGCGAUCCAAUGCCACCAACUCCAGCUACUCGCCCCCCACCGGCCGCGCCUUUGUGGGCAGCGACAGCGGCAGCAGCUCCACGGGGGAUGCGGCCCGCCAGGGGGUGUACGAGAAUUUCCGGCGGGAGCUGGAGAUGAGCACCACCAACAGCGAGAGCCUGGAGGAGGCGGGCUCGGCGCACAGCGACGAGCAGAGCAGCGGCACCCUGAGCUCCCCGGGCCAGUCGGACAUCCUGCUCACGGCCGCGCAGGGCACGGUGCGCAAGGCCGGGGCGCUGGCGGUCAAGAACUUCCUGGUGCACAAGAAGAACAAGAAGGUGGAGUCGGCCACCCGGAGGAAGUGGAAGCACUACUGGGUGUCCCUGAAAGGGUGCACACUCUUCUUCUAUGAGAGCGAUGGUAGGUCUGGAAUAGACCACAACAGCAUCCCUAAGCACGCUGUGUGGGUGGAGAACAGCAUCGUGCAGGCCGUACCUGAACACCCCAAGAAGGACUUCGUCUUCUGCCUCAGCAAUUCCCUGGGUGAUGCUUUCCUCUUUCAGACCACCAGCCAGACGGAGCUGGAAAACUGGAUCACCGCCAUCCACUCUGCCUGCGCGGCUGCCGUGGCGAGACAUCACCACAAAGAGGACACGCUCCGGCUCCUGAAGUCCGAGAUCAAAAAACUGGAACAGAAGAUUGAUAUGGAUGAGAAGAUGAAGAAAAUGGGCGAAAUGCAGCUGUCUUCAGUCACCGAUUCGAAGAAGAAGAAGACUAUAUUAGAUCAGAUCUUCGUUUGGGAGCAGAAUCUCGAGCAGUUCCAAAUGGACCUAUUUCGUUACCGCUGUUACUUAGCUAGCCUCCAAGGUGGGGAACUGCCAAACCCCAAAAGGCUACUUGCUUUUGCAAGCCGACCAACGAAAGUGGCAAUGGGCCGCCUUGGAAUCUUCUCUGUAUCAUCCUUCCAUGCCCUGGUGGCAGCACGCACUGGUGAGACCGGAGUGAGACGUCGUACUCAGGCCAUGUCCAGAUCCGCAAGCAAGCGAAGGAGCAGGUUUUCUUCCCUUUGGGGUCUGGACACUACCUCCAAAAAGAAGCAGGGACGCCCCAGCAUCAACCAGGUGUUCGGUGAGGGAAGUGAUGCUGUAAAGAAAUCUUUAGAGGGAAUAUUUGAUGACACUGUUCCAGAUGGCAAGAGGGAGAAAGAAAUGGUCUUGCCCAGCGUCCACCAGCACAAUCCCGACUGUGACAUUUGGGUUCACGAGUAUUUCACACCAUCGUGGUUCUGUCUGCCAAAUAAUCAGCCAGCCCUGACGGUCGUCCGGCCCGGCGACACUGCCCGGGACACCCUGGAGCUGAUCUGUAAGACACAUCAACUGGAUCACUCUGCUCAUUACCUGCGUCUGAAAUUUCUAAUAGAAAACAAAAUGCAACACUACGUUCCAAAGCCCGAGGAGGACAUUUAUGAGCUGCUGUACAAAGAAAUUGAAAUUUGUCCAAAAGUCACUCAGAACAUCCAGAUUGAGAAGUCAGAUACAGCCAGUGAUAAUUAUGGCUUUUCCCUUUCCUCUGUGGAAGAAGAUGGCGUUCGAAGGCUCUAUGUGAAUAGUGUAAAGGAAACUGGUUUAGCUUCCAAGAAAGGCCUGAAAGCGGGAGAUGAGAUUCUCGAGAUCAAUAGCCGGGCUGCGGGCACCCUGAACUCCUCUGUGCUCAAAGAUUUCCUCACGCAGCCGUCCCUGGGCCUCCUGGUGAGGACCUACCCCGAGCUGGUCGGGGGUGUGGAGCUGCUGGACUGCCCGCCCCACCGAGCGGACGGCCCCGCGGAUCUCAACGACAGCCCCCUGGCCUUCCUCAGCAGCAACCCAGGGCACGGCCUGUGCGGCGAGCAGGGCAGUGGUGCUGAGACCGCUCUGGAGGAGACCGAAGGGCCGGACCUGGAAUCCUCAGAUGAAACUGAUCACAGCAGCAAGAGCACGGAACAGGUGGCCGAAUUUUGCCGCAGUCUGCAUGAGAUGAACCUCUCUGACCCGAGCCCAUCGCCUCAGGACUCCACGGGGCCUCAGCUGGCCACCAUGAGGCAGCUCACCGACGCUGACAAGCUGCGCAAGGUCAUCUGUGAGCUCCUGGAGACGGAGCGCACCUAUGUGAAAGACUUAAACUGUCUCAUGGAGAGAUACCUAAAACCUCUUCAGAAAGAAACUUUCCUCACCCAAGAUGAGCUGGACGUGCUCUUCGGAAACCUCACCGAAAUGGUAGAGUUUCAGGUAGAAUUUCUGAAAACCCUGGAGGAUGGAGUAAGACUGGUCCCUGAUUUGGAAAAGCUCGAGAAAGUCGAUCAAUUUAAGAAAGUGCUGUUCUCCCUGGGGGGAUCCUUUCUGUAUUACGCUGACCGCUUCAAGCUCUACAGUGCCUUCUGCGCCAGCCACACGAAGGUCCCCAAGGUCCUGGUGAAAGCCAAGACGGACACGGCUUUCAAGGCGUUCUUAGAUGCCCAGAACCCGAAACAGCAGCACUCGGCCACUCUCGAGUCUUACCUCAUCAAACCCAUCCAGAGGAUCCUCAAGUACCCGCUUCUGCUGAAGGAGCUCUUUGCCCUGACGGAUGCCGAGAGCGAGGAGCACUACCAUCUGGACGUGGCCAUCAAGACUAUGAACAAGGUUGCAAGUCAUAUCAAUGAAAUGCAGAAAAUUCAUGAAGAAUUUGGGGCUGUGUUUGACCAGCUCAUUGCUGAACAGACCGGUGAGAAAAAAGAGGUUGCAGAUCUGAGCAUGGGGGACCUGCUUUUGCACACCACCGUGAUUUGGCCAAACCCGCCAGCCUCCCUGGGAAAGUGGAAAAAGGAGCCAGAACUGGCAGCCUUUGUCUUCAAAACUGCUGUGGUCCUUGUGUAUAAAGACGGUUCCAAACAGAAGAAGAAACUUGUAGGAUCUCACAGGCUUUCAAUUUAUGAGGACUGGGACCCCUUCCGGUUUCGGCACAUGAUCCCCACCGAAGCUCUGCAGGUUCGAGCUUUGGCAAGUGCAGAUGCGGAAGCAAAUGCCGUGUGUGAAAUUGUCCAUGUAAAGUCUGAGUCUGAAGGGAGGCCGGAGAGGAUCUUCCACCUGUGCUGCAGCUCUCCAGAGAGCCGGAAAGAUUUCCUGAAGGCUGUGCAUUCAAUCCUGCGUGAUAAGCACAGAAGACAGCUCCUCAAAACUGAAAGCCUUCCCUCAUCCCAGCAAUAUGUACCUUUUGGAGGAAAAAGAUUGUGUGCGCUCAAAGGGGCCAGGCCAGCCAUGAGCAGGGCAGUGUCCGCCCCAAGCAAGUCUCUUGGCAGAAGGAGGCGGCGACUGGCUCGAAACAGGUUUACCAUUGACUCUGAUGCCAUCUCGGCCAGCAGCCCGGAGAAAGAGUCCCAGCAGCCCCCCGGUGGCGGGGACACUGACCGAUGGGUAGAGGAACAGUUCGAUCUUGCUCAGUACGAGGAGCAAGACGACAUCAAGGAGACAGACAUCCUCAGUGACGAUGAUGAGUUCUGUGAGUCCGUGAAGGGCGCCGCGGUGGACACAGACCUGCCCGAGCAGCUUCAGGCUGCGUCCAUCAGUCAGCGGGAGAGAGGCCGCAAAAGCCUGGAUAGUCACGCGUCCCGCAUGACGCAGCUCAAGAAGCAAGCCGCCCUGUCGGGCAUCAAUGGAGGCCUGGAGGGCCCGAGCGAGGAAGUCAUCUGGGUUAGGCGCGAAGACUUUGCCCCCUCCAGGAAACUGAACACUGAGAUCUGACUGUCACUUUCCCCCUAAAGAGUGUGUGUAGAUACUCCCCACCCCCCCCGCCCUGCCCUCCCCCUGCUCCCUCCUGUCCCCUCAAGGAGGAGAAUGUCCCCGUAGGUGGCACUCUUGCACACACAC